GGCGUGCUGCGUUGGAACGGCUGUUGGCUCCUCGCUUCCCCCUGGCUCUGCUCGGCGACGGCGUUCGGCUCUGCGGGGCGCUCCGGCGAGGCGGACCUCCUGCUUCUACCCGCCGAGCCGCUGCCCUGAAGGACGGAGAGCCAUGGCGCUCCGGGUCACCAGGAACACGAAAAUUAGCGCCGAAAAUAAGACGAAAGUCGGCAUGGCCGGCGCCAAGCGUGUGCCCUUGGCCACUGCCACGGCCUCCAAGCCCGGGCUGAGACCCAGGACAGCUCUCGGGGACAUUGGGAACAAAGUCAGCGAACAGGCCAGAGUGCCUGUGAAAAAGGAAGCAAAAACAUCAGCAACUGGGAAAGUUGCAGCUAGAAAACUGCUGAAACCUCUGGAAAAUGCUCCUGACUGUGAGCCGGAGCCGGAGCCUGAACUUGAGCCUGAGUCAGAACCUGUGAAGGAUGAAAAACUUUCGCCCGAACCCAUUGUGGUGGACGCUCCGUCUCCAAGCCCGAUGGAGACAUCUGGGUGUGCCCCGGCCGAGGAGUACCUGUGUCAGGCUUUCUCUGAUGUGAUUCUCGCGGUGAGUGACGUGGACGCAGAGGACGGAGCGGACCCAAACCUCUGCAGCGAGUACGUGAAGGACGUCUACGCCUACCUGCGGCAGCUGGAGGAAGAGCAGUCGGUUCGACCCAAAUACCUCCUGGGUCGAGAAGUCACCGGGGGCAUGCGGGCCAUUCUGAUCGACUGGCUGGUGCAGGUCCAGAUGAAGUUUCGGCUGCUGCCGGAGACCAUGUACAUGACCGUGUCCAUCAUCGACCGCUUCAUGCAGAACAGCUGUGUGCCCAAGAAGAUGCUGCAGCUGGUCGGAGUCACUGCUAUGUUCAUUGCGAGCAAAUACGAAGAGAUGUAUCCACCAGAGAUCGGUGACUUUGCCUUUGUCACCAGCAACACCUACACGAAGCACCAAAUCAGACAGAUGGAAAUGAAGAUUCUAAGGGCCCUGAACUUUGGUCUGGGCCGUCCUCUGCCCCUCCACUUCCUUCGCAGAGCAUCGAAAAUUGGAGAGGUCGAUGUUGAGCAACACACUUUGGCCAAAUACCUGAUGGAACUGACUAUGCUGGACUACGACAUGGUGCACUUUCCUCCUUCUCGGAUUGCGGCAGGAGCUUUCUGCCUGGCCCUGAAAAUUCUGGACAACGGUGACUGGACGCCGACUCUGCAGCACCACCUGUCCUACACCGAGGAGGCGCUCCUCCCCGUCAUGCAGCACCUGGCCAAGAACAUCGUCAUGGUGAACAACGGACUCACAAAGCACAUGACCAUCAAGAAGAAAUACUCCGAGUCCAGACUCGCCAGGAUCAGCACUUUACCCCAGCUGAAUUCUACCCUCGUCCAGGACCUGGCCAGGGCUGUGGCUAAGGUGUAACCUGCAAAGGAAUGCCAGAUCUGCAAAUACAAUUGGCACCAUGUGCCAGCCACCUGUACAUACUGUACCAUGUUUACUUGCUUUUCAAUAAAGAUUGUGCCUCUUUUUACUCACAGCUGAACUCAUUUGCUUUACCUUUUCCAGGCUAACCUAAACGCUGUCUUAAAAAGACAGUGGGAAAUGUUCUGUUGAAACCGCUUUCAGCUUACCGUUCACUAAUGUAUAUAACUGUGACCUGUGCCGAGGACUUGGUCCUCCUCUUCUGUCCCUUGACUUUUAAUUUGACACGGUGGGCACACUGAAUUCCAUGGGGCACACCGCGUGUGUGCCAAGACACCUUGGAAGUUUCUCUGCCUGUUGCUGUUUUUUAAAGUCCCUAUCUUGUCCCUACUUCUUCUUUUCUAGUCCUUCCUGUGGUGGUUGGCCCUUCAACCACUGCCUCAAAACUACCAACUUUUUAAACCUUUCACACUGAAAAUAAUUUGGCAUUCUAAACUCUGUUCUUAUCGUCUGUAUUUAUUUGGUGUUUUGGCUAGGAAAAAUGGACGCUCGAAAUAACUUACAGGGUAUGUGUUCAUUAGUAUCAGGGUGAGUGGACUCACAGCGAUCCUCCUGAUUCCCAGGCCUCCCAAGUGCUGGGAUUAAAGGUGUGCACCACCAUGCCUGGCUCAUGAGUUCAAACCCCAGCCCCUCCAUCAUUCCCAGUCUCCUCUACUUGGAGAACAACAGGUGAGGCCGCAUCCUAUAUGUAGAUGCAGUUCUUGGCGAGAGCGUUCUUACUGGGUUCAUUUUGUGAAGAAUGCUGCUUUAGCCUGUAUAGGCUGGCUUCUGUGAAUCCCAUUUCAUAGUAUAUGAUGUAUUCAACCAUUCCUCUACUGACUGCACUUGUACACAAUGGUACUGUGUUUGGCUUUCUGUAUAGUAGUAAUUUUCCUAAAAGCUGAGAAUUAAGUUCUGAUUAAGCCAGAUGACUUGCUUAAUGUAGCCAGCUCCCGUCUCUGCGUCUUUGUUGAAAUGGAAGAUACAAUCAGGUCUUUGUGAAUUCAACUGGCAAAAGAAAAAUCCUAUUUGCUGUUUUAACUUAUGCUUCUGAUGUCAAAUUAAAUAAAUUCUUGUCAAUGUGUUAAGCUUU